AUGAUUCUCACCUCUUGGCUAAAUUGUCGCCGCUUCCGACGCUACUUUUGUCUCUUUCUCUGCUCUCCUUUUCUUCUUCCUUUGUUUUGUGCUACUUGCCCUAUCAUUUGUGCUGCUGAAAUCUGCUAUCGUCUGUGCUAUCGCCGCCACAGCGGUGAUGGGCGGGGACGACGAUGUGAGGGAGCGGAAGGUAGUAUAGAUGGAAGUCAAGAGACAAUGUUGUUGCGGAGGUAUCUGGAUGAUCAACUGCUUCUAGUAAUUGAAUCUGUGUACAAUUGGGGAGAUGAAGAAGAUGAAGAUGUGGAAGUUGCAGAUAGUAGAAGCUUUUUUCUGUAA